AUGGCUAUUUCUGAUGUUUUAAUCGGUAUUUCUCCUCGUAGAAUGAUCAUGCCAAAGCUUCAUAUGCUACCACCAUCCAUUAUGGAAAAAAUUGUCCUUCCACAGCUUUUGACACAAGAGUUUUUUGCGGCAGAAGGCUUCGAUAAAUUAUACAGGUCUUUAUUCACCCCACAACCUCCACAGCCCCUUAUCACAGAGGAGGUAUACCGCGCGCAAGUGAUGCCAUUCAUGAUCAAGUUGUGGACAUAUCGGCAGGCCGAUAUCCGCUUGACCAUCUUACGACUCUUUGAGGUUUAUCUUAAGGCUGUCGUCUUGGGUGAGGGAGGAUCAGAAGUGCUUGGACAGAUCAUUUUGCCAGAGAUCUUGGCAGGGCUGCAGGAUGCAGAUCCAAAAGUUUAUUUCGCAUCACUGUGUGGACUAGCCACCGCCAUCCCUUAUGUACUCUUAGUGACAACUCUUGUGGAUACGGACCUGAGCAAACAAAAGUUCUCGGUCAAGUCACUGUAUGAGCAGACUUUGAUCCCUCAGAUUAUGGCUUUCUGGAUUUCGGAGGAUUGUGUGCAGGAAUCAAAAGUUCAGCUGAUUGAGGUUGUGAUGGGCAUGUGGUGUUCUAUUUAUACAUUAGGUCUGCACAACCACGCAGCAGUUAAGGAUAUGAGCGCCACACUCACUCUGACAUUAGUCUCGGUCCUCAAACUUUUGCCAGCUAAUGAACGCGUGGAACUCAUCUCAAAAUCGUUUACAAAGCAUUGUACCAAUGGAUUGUUUUGUAUCAGUGGGCUGCUAAAAUUUCUACCCCAAUUCUUAUUGGAUGAAGAUGUACGGGUACGAGAGGCAGCGGCUAAAGCGAUCUCAGAGAUUGCCUUCCAGACUAUUAAUCUGAUGCCUCAAACGGAAAUAACGGAACAGCAAGACCAGCAACAACAAAGAGAAGAGGAUGACAGUUCAACUGCCUCGAUAUCCUCUGUCUCCUCACCUUCACCUUCGCAGUCUACACAUGUCUCGCGCAUUCGUCAGUAUUGUGAAAUGCAACAAUUGCUCUUGCCUCCUAGAAGACCUAUCUUUUCUCGAUCAACUUUUGCAGGUGAUAGGAGUGCAUCGAGUAAUUCCUUGAGAAAUUUCAGCGGAAGCAGUAACUCAGCGCCGGAUCUGCAAUCAAGCAGGCGGUCAUCUAUAGUUUCACAAGACUCAUUCAUGUUCUCAGACCAGGGCUCUCUUAAGACGACACCAUCUCUGUUCACGCCAUCUCUGACCCGUGCUGGGUCGUUUUCAGGCGAUACCUCCAGCCGCGAUGCUCCUGCUAUCGCUAUAAAUGGGUUAGGCUCUGGAUUAGAAAUACGAGCGGAUUCGAAUUUGGAUAAACAAACUAAAUCGCUGGAUAACCGUCUUGGUGAGAAUGGGGCAAGAGAGCCUUCGCAACCUAUACCCAAGAGUGACAUGAUGUCUGAGAAAGAAGAAGAAAAACAUAUCAUGAACGAAGAUUUGCAGGCGGCAGCAGAUCAGUUGGAGCUUAUGAAGGCUCUAGAGACUGCUAAGGCAGAGAUGAAAAUACGUCAACUUCCUGUUGUUGAGCGCCAAGGAGACUCCAAGGUUAACGCCAAUGCUACACGCAAGACAGACCAACUUAGAAGUAGCGAUAAUACUCAAGCCUCAGCAGCGUUCAAGUGGGAUGAUGCUGGUGAUGGAGAAAAUGAUGAUUGGGAUAAUGAGGAUUUAACAACUUUAGCUGCUUCCUCUCGCCACUCACCCUCGCCUUCAUCGGAGUAUCUUGUAGAGGAUGAAGCCACACGUUUGAAGCGCGAAAAGGAAAGGGCUGAAAAACAGGAGCAACUUCGCUUAAAGCGCGACCAAAAGCAACAGGAAAUGCAGGCAAAGCGUGAAGCACGACGACAACAAAUGGCAGAGAAGCAGGGCCAGAAGAAAAGCCCGUCUAAUGGACUUAAGCUCUCUGCUGUACGAGCAACGCCAGUAUCAGUGCCUUCGGCCCCAGCUGCAGUUGUGGCACCUAAACCAGUAUCUGGGCACAGCAUGAUCCACUUGUCACAGGGAGCAGAUAUAGAUGAUAAAGACAAUUGGGAUGUGGACGAAGGCCUUAAUAUGGGUGAUCUUGAUAAACAGCUGAAUGAUGCGGAAGCCGAUGAGCUUUUCAAGGAUCUAGAGGUUUCCUAUAAGCCAGCUUAUGUUGGUUUGGGUUCAACAGCCGGGCACGUUGGCAUCAAUGGAAACAAUACAGCAAAUAUUUCAGGAUCUACAAGUUUUCAAUCCUUGUCCACAUCGUCUUCAACGACGCUGUUAAAAUCUCCAGUAACCAUUUCAACAGCAAAGACCCUUCAUAGCUCUUUUACUACUACCAACAUGACGAGCGUCACUACAACCACAACCACAGCCGCAUCCACUGGUUCGGCGUCUCUCGGGAUAGAUAACUCACAAAGCCGAGAAACGAGCCCCACAUCAACUCCAAAGCGUGCUCCUUCUCCGCUCUUGAAACCAACCAGUAACAGUAAUAGUAACUUGAAUAACAAUAGUAACAUCAAGACGAUAGCAUCUCCAACCAUCAAUUCGACAAAGACAUCUUCCUUGGCUCCGCAGAUGGAUGAAGCGGCCUUAGAAGAGGCGGAUGAUUGGGAAAAUGCAUGGAGUUAG